CGAAUGUGGUUUUCAAAAUUGUUUACCUUGGAUGCUCUGGACGCCUAGACGCUGAUAUAAAAUAUAUGACUGGUGAUUUUGUAUCUUUAAUGAUUGCACGUUCUUAACUUGGUUUUGAUUUAUCAGUUUACUGGUAAAAUAAACAAUGUCAGCAGGUCCAGGAUUUAAUCUUUCAACGAGGAAAGAAGAUGUGUCUACAAGACUAAAAACACAAAAUUUAAAAAGAGCAAAACAUGAGACCCGGAAGCUUGAAGAGGAAGGAAAGAAGAUGGAAGAACGGUUGAUGGAGCUCAAGAUGGCAAUGAAUAGGGAAAAAGAGGAAAGAGAGAGACAAGGUGGAGGUUUCUGGAAGACAGGACAGCAAGGCAAACUCAAUAACUAUGCCGAGGAAGUGCUGGCAAAGAAAAAAAGCAAAAGCGCUCCAUCUAAAGGCAAAGUGAAGAUUUUGAGAGACAAACCACUUGACUUGCCCGAAAGAAGUAACCAGCCAGGUACAAUGGCCUACAUUGCACAAAAAGGUUCACUUACACCCAGGGAUAAACCCAAGGGACCAAAGUGUGGACAAUGUGAGGAGAGAUCAGCUGCUGUAUCAUGUGUACAGUGUGCAGAGGACUAUUGUGCCGGAUGUUUUGCUGCCUUCCAUUUGAAAGGAAAUCUUAAAAAACACAGAUCUGUCCCACUUACAGCGACACCUAGACAAUGCUUUGCAUCUCCAAGACCUUCUCAAAGUAGUGUUUCGUAUGAUUUUGAUCAAGGGGAAGGGGAUGGAGCGGUGGCAUUGCAUGUACCCGAAAGUGCAAGAAAGAAAGACAGAAAUAGUCCUGAAGGAGCUAGUGGAACAUAUGAGAACAGUUUGUUACAUGGGACAUACAAUGAGGCAGAACAAGCUGCAUCAUUCCAGGAUGCUCUAAUGGCCUGGAGGACUGGGGGAAAACCAACAGAUCAGAACAGUGCGGGGAGCAGACCAUCUACUGAUAGGUCAAAUAAACGUGGCGGAGUACCGUAUUCUCCUGUACAAACACCGACUGUAAAUGUUGAUUCCUCUACUGGUACUGGCAGCUCAACCCAGGAAGUGGAGAUAAAAUUUAACACAGCCUCAAUGACUUAUGCCGAGAGGCUCUUACUCAAAAAGCACAGACGAACAGAUGUUGACAGUUUGUUUACUCCCAGGGAAGAUGGAGAUUUGAGUGCUGCACCAACACCAAGGCGAACUCCCAGAGAUGCACCAAGAUCAUAUAGGCCUCAGCGAGAGUUGUCUAAUAUCUCUUUGAGGAUUGAAGAAUUUAAUGAUGCAGAUUUUGAUACUGGUGAGAGGGUAGACUUUGGUUCUCUGCUUGAAGCUGUUAGAAUGGUAGAUGGAGAAACAGUCACUCAUGUAGAUCCAGAUACAGUGUCUAUUGUAGAAGUGGAGGAGUCUGGGGUUGAUAUAAGUCUGGAGCAGGCUGUUGCAUAUAAGGUACAGGAGGAUGGUGAGGAGGAGGCCUGGUCUACAGGGAUACAAAAUCAGUCAUCAGGGAGAUCAAAAUUUGAGGUAAAGCCUCCAAGUUCUGGAAAAUCCUCAAGAAGAAAAUCAGGCAGAAAAAGUGCUAGAUCUAGUCUGGAUAUAUCUACUACCAAACAACCCCAAACCACAGAAUCAGCAAGAUUAAAAUCAUCUAGAACAGUUAAAGAUAACAGUGACAAUAUAUCAGAUAGAGAUUCUCAUGCUCUUGGGGUUAAAUUAAAAGACAUUGAAAAUGGAGUGAAAAAGGAAGAUUUUUACGCAACAUCUGGACAUAAAGAAAAAUCCAGUUUUUCAAAAGAAAAGUCUAGUUUGUCCCAAAAGCAGCAAAAUAUUUCAAAAGAAAAAUCAGAUCUGUCCAAGGUGGAGUCUAAAUCAUUCAAGAAUCACCCAGACUCAGCUCCGUCACGCCCAUCCACUGGAAAGCUCCGCCCUCAGACUGGUACCAGAACACAGAGUCGACAGGGAGCUCAGUCUAGAACAGCAAGUAGGCAAGGGUCAAGGCCAGGUUCAAGAACAACUAGCAGAAUAGGCUCAAGCCGAGCAUCAUCUAGAAUGGAAAAUCCAGGUUUAUUAACUAAAUCCCCGAGUGAAGCUCUGAAAGAUGUAGCGAGAAUGACUUCGACCCAAGAUACAUACAAAGGUAUAGACAGUUUCUUCAUGGUCGGUGUCCAGCCCUCACAACAAGAGGAGAGAACCCUUACACCAACACAACAUAAAAAUAAAGAAGAAAAAAUAAAAGUCAGUUACCAAUUAUACAACAUGGCACCACGAUCAUGGAAGCCAGAUUUCAGUUUGACAGAUAGAGUUGAUGUUGAUGAUGUAGCUAAAGAUGAAGCUGAAGAUGACAGAGCGAGUUCUGUGAUGGCUUAUCAUGCUUACAGUGAGCAGCUGGUAUCAGAUAUCACAGAGAGAAUGAUCAGUAGAUUUGGAGAGCUUCCACUUGAUGAAGAUUCUCUCUCUGAUCAGAGUAGCGGAGGAGCUUACAGGAGUCUAGGCGAGGAAUAUAGAACUUUCACACCUCGAAGUCAUGGAUCAAGUGUUCAGAACUCUCCCAAUAUGUCUGGGCGGGGCACACCCAUCCAGACAGUUAGAUCACAGAUCCGAGACAGUGCACAUACACCCAGGAAACCAGCAGUACAGCAAACAUCACGAACACCUAGACAGUCAGGCAGGUCAAGAGCUCAAACCCCAACAGUAUCAAAGUCGAGAGCUGAAGUGCAGACUCCAAGAAGAUCUAAAACAUUUCAUGGAGAAACAGAAAGACCAGAGUCUAGAGCCAUUGUGAUGGAGGGUACAGAUCUAAGUAUAUUUGACUAUGUAGGAGAGAAAGACAACAGAGACCAGGAUGAUGAAGAUGCCCUCGGUCAACUGGAAUGGGAACUGGCCUCACAGUCUGGCAGAAUCACUGCGGAGGGGAAGAUCUCGAGGAUGGAAAUGCCAGAAGAUCUAUCUGAUGAAUCAGUAAACAGCAGUAUAGAAACUUACCGCUCAAUCAGUAGGCUUGGACAGGACCAGGGAUAUGAUAUCAACAGUAGACUCAGGAAAGAUGAAUUAGAAGAUGAUGAUACUAUAACAGAUGAUGAAAAUGAUGUUCGAAAUCUCAUGUGAUAUAUGAUGAUGAAUAUAUAUAUAUUCAUCUAAAACAAGUUGUGGCAGUUGAAAUAAAACUGUUACUCUGAAAAAUAAUUUAUAAAAACAUUCUGAAUUGAUUGAUUUGAAUAAUUUUGAAAAGUUUUAAUGUCUUUAUUUAAGGAUGUAUUAUACUCUAUAAAGUUUGACUAUGGGCAUGUUGAACUGGAAACAGAUUAUAGAAGUAAAAUGUUUUUGAAACAGGAAAAAUAAAAACUAUUAUGAAAAAAUGAAAAAUAUAAAAUAUUUUAUUAAAACAUAAAUGUUACCAUGGUUACUUAAUACUGUGAGAUACUUGAAGGUACAUUGUUACAUGUUGUUAGCUGUCAAAAAGCUCAUUGUUACGUAUACUUGCUUUAAAAUGAGAGAACAUACAAUAGCACAGAAGCAUGAGCCCCAUGAAAUAUAUUCAACUAACACAUACCUAAAUAGACUUUUUAACUAGCAUACUACUUACUGUAGGCUAAGACAAAAACUGAGCUUCACUUUUUUUAAUAUAAAAAGCCUUUAGAAGCAUGUAUUUCAAACAUGGAUUCAAUUUUUACUUGAAUUAUCAGAGAAAAAAUCAGUUUUAGCAGUUAAAGCAGCACUAGGAAUUGUUAAAGUUCAGUAAAUUUGAAUAUGCCCUGGUGACGAGGUAUACUACAUCCUUAAGUAUAAAUUUCUGCUAAACUAGUCAUUUUAACCCUUUUACAGCUGACCUUACAAAGUGCCAGCUGGAAUUUUUUUUCAUGUAGAGUAUUGUUGAAAGCAGUUAUGUUCAAUGGUAAUGUUGAUUGCAUUUAGGUUUUCCUUCUUUUAAACUUUGUCUAAUUUGUAAAAGCUGUUAGUGGAUGAGAAAAGAAUUCCGAUGUAGCCAUUUUAUUACUUAAACAAUAAUUAUGAAAAAUUUUUGCUGUUUUUUGUAUAUAUAUAUAUUUUUAGUUUUUAAUAAAAUGCAAGUACCUUUUGACAAAAUCACCAGUUAAGUUGUGUACUAAAAGGGCAAUAUUUAUUGUCCCCACCUUUUCCAAAGAAUUAAAGGGGGACAUAGAAAUAGACUGUGUGUCCUUCAGUCCAACCAACUUCUGUCCCUCUGUCCGUCACACUUCAUGCCUGGUCUAUAACUCUACCAUCCACCAAGGGAAUUUGCAAUUACUUGACACGAAUGUACCCCAUAAUGAAAUGACAUGUCACACAUCAGAUAUUAUUUGCAUGGGUGGAUAUUAAAUUAACUUUGCACAACAGUCACCAUAAAAAAUGAUAUUGUUGCAUAUAAGACCCAGACCUCUAGUCAAGAUCAAGGUCACACUUGAUAAAAGAUUUUUAUUGAUUGUUUUGACUGGUCUGUAACCUUCUUCAAUCUGAAGAAAGUACAUCUCCUAUUACGCUACGCAUAGGAUCUGACAACGAGCUAUUGAUGGCCUCGUUCUGACAACCCUUCCGCUAGCCAAUCAAAAGUUAACUUACAACAUUCUGCAAGCUUUAAAAAGUCUUGGUAUUUGAUAUUAACAAUUUUUAUGCAGAAAAAUGUCAGAUAGCCGGUUAGCUCAGUCGGUAGCGCACUUGCUCUGUAAGCGAGAGGUCCCGGGUUCGAGCCCUGGAUUAACUGCAAAUUUUCCUUACUCUUUGACUUUCGAACAAGUUUUUUGAUUGGUUCAAACAAAAAUAGAUUUGCAAAAAUAAAAAUAGCAAUCUUGGAAAUCCAAAAUAUACAGAAGACGAAUGUGAAUGGGUCGUUCUCAGAUCUUCGUUUAGAAGAUCAAGUACUUUAGUCAGAUUGUAACCUUCUUGUACAUGGAUGUAAUUUCAAACAACUUUGCUUAAAUAUUCACCAUUACAAGAUAUAUCUCAUGUGUCAUGUAGAAAUUAUGAUUAAUGUUAUUAUUUAUUAUUGAAAUGUGUUUAUGCAUUUAUUAAAGUAUGUUUAAACUACA